CAGUAGUAUUGACAUCCGUUGACUUUGUCAAAUCAUCAUUGCAGUUUUGUGACUUGUAUUUUGUAACUAUUUAUUUUGUAACAUUUUAUAGUUUCAAAUGCGACUUUAUAUCGUUCUCCUAAUGUCGAGAUUUCUAUGCGAGGCACAAGCUUAUCUGGAAACCGAAAACUUCCCAUUCAACGUCGGCACAGUACUCUUCACUCAUUCUGAUACAAAACGAAACCGUUGGAGCAAAAAAGAAAUAGCUUUGCUCCGAGCUCGAAGGAAUUUCCAAUCUCUCAUCCCACAUCUUAACAUGAUCAACACACAGAACGAAAAAUAUGUGGAUUCGUUGCUCAAUUACUGGAAAAAUGCAUACAUAUCGAUUAAAAGAGAAGCUCCAAACCCCGAAGCUGAUAGCAUUAUGACUACAGCGCUCUCAGAUGUUAUAGGAGGAUACCUUAAAGUACGGGCUUUGCCUGUUACAAAGUUCUCGUUCUACGGAGGCAGUACAUCAGAAGAUGAUGCUGUGAAACUGUUUAAAUUUCAUGAUGAGAUAAAGAAUUACAUGGGAACUCACGGAAAGGGCUGGAAGGAUGCAGAUCCAAAUGUACUUAACUCUGUUGCUAUCAAUAUACCUUCCAAACGCGACUCCAAGGUACGGAGCAUGUCUCACCCUUGCGAACAUUUGGCAUAUUACGAGAAGACGCCAACUGGAUUAUCGAUACCAACACCUUUUAUUAACUGGGAUGAUAAAACCAAAACCAUGUUUAUUCCAUUGAAGAAUUACUCGCUGAUUCCUUUGGAAUCUCAAAAUGCCACCAACGCUCUUUUCAGAUAUUAUGAUGUUGCGAAAAAUUGUAUAGGAACCAGCAGCCAAGCAGAACAAGAUAAUUUUGAUCAGCGAUUCCAAACCUGGCUUACAGAUGACGUUGUCCCUCAUUUGGCUGAUGAUCGAUUGUAUUUAGCCCUUGGAAGUGUUCUUACUCUGGUCAAUACAACAAGAAGCCUUUACGAUACCGUAGUAAACUUAUACAAUAACUGUGCUACUGAAUGUAGACACAAAUUUUCUAUCGGAGGAUUUCCUGUCGAUAUGUGCUCAAAGAAAGUUAUAGUUAUUACAGUAAUACUGUUCCUCGAGAUAGCAUGGUGUAUUCCCGCUUUAUUGUACAUCAUGUGUAAGAAAAGAAAAAAGGACGGAUGUAGUAACGUUUAUCUCUUUGUUGAGCCUAAACCAGAGAAAAAAAACUUUCCAAAAGAGAGAUUGAAACUUGAGAAAGCACCUAGGCCGAGACAGAAUAAGCGUGAUAUUAGCGUAGCACCAUCCAUAGUCGAAAUGAGUUCUAGUGAACAGAUGAUGUUCAGUACGACCCCAAAAUCUCGUAACGUUGGAACUAAACAAUCAUCGGUUUGUAAAUGUUCCACUGGGACAGGCGUCCAGUCAUUUUUCAGCUCUAAAGUCAACUCUACAGAAGUUGCUAGAGUUAUUUACGAUUCACCAAUGCCAUCUCUCAAGUCGUCGUUGAAGAAAGUGCCUAGUGAUAAAAUAGAGGUAAUAAAAGCACAGCCAAACAUUUUCCAACAAUCAUCAAGCAUUGCUACGAUGCAAAGAGUCCAACCAAAAACAGUUACAUUAAAACACAACGAUAAACCAGCUAAAAUCGGAACACAGACGAGCAACCGAGGCGACAAAUACAAAAAGAUUUGCGACAACAAUAAUAAGAUUUGUGUGGAAUGUCCGUGCGUGGCUUGUUUAGAAGAUGAGUGCGUUGCCGAAACAAAAAGACAAAGAAGAGUUCAGAGAACACAAAAUCAGACAAGUCAUCGAAAACUACAGUAA